AUGGAGGCCCGGCUGCAGAGGCUCGCCUGGGGCGCGGGGUGGGGGGUAGGGGAACCCCUCUCCGCGCAGGCGCCCCCGCCGCCCCCGCCGCCCCCCGCCCCGGCCCCCGGCCCCGGGCCCAGCACCUUCUCUCGCCGAGAGGGGAGUGGCGCAGGAAUCCCGUCGGGCCGGAUUCCUUACCCCAAGGACAGCAGCUGGGCCUGGAAUUUGGCCCAGACCGGGAGAGUAGCUCCUCCGCCUCUGGGUUGGACGGAGCGUGGUCGCGCCUCGCGAGGAGCUGAGCCGCCGCUGGGAAAGGUUAUAAAAAAUACAGCCACGGAGCUGCAGGAGGAGGUGCCUUGCCCCAAGGUCGUGCGGAAAGAGAAGCCAGCUUCCAGGCGGGCGCCCCCGGGCCUCGCCUGCGGCACUCGAACCCCGCGACCCCCGGCGCCGGCUCGACGCCCCGCCCCCCCCCCGCGCCGGGCCUGCCCCCCGCGCCGGCAGCGCCCCGGGCGGGGGGCGGCGCCGCAGCCAAUAAGGAGGUGGCGUGGCGAGGGCGGCGGCGGUUGUGACGCGCCGGGCCGGCGGGCGGCGGCCAAUCCGCGGCGAGCUCGAGGGCGGGCUGUGACGCGAGCGGCGCUCCUCGUGCGGCGGCGGUAUAGGAGCGAGCGCCGCGGCGAGCAGGGACAGGGCGGCCCGCAGCCGCCGCUCGCGCUGCCGCCGCCGCCGCCGCCGCCGCUGCCGCUGCCCCCGCCGCCGGCCGACGAGCAGCCCGAACCUCGGACGCGGCGCAGGGCCUAUCUGUGGUGCAAGGAGUUCCUGCCCGGUGCCUGGCGGGGCCUUCGCGAGGACCAGUUCCACAUCAGUGUCAUCAGAGGUGGCCUCAGUAACAUGCUGUUCCAGUGCUCCUUUCCCGACACCGUGGCCACCAUUGGUGACGAGCCUCGGAAAGUGCUCCUGCGGCUCUACGGGGCAAUUUUAAAGAUGAGGUCCUGUAAUAAAGAGGGAUCCGAACAAGCUCAGAAAGAAAAUGAAUUUCAAGGGGCCGAGGCCAUGGUCCUGGAGAGCGUUAUGUUUGCCAUUCUUGCAGAGAGGGCGCUUGGGCCAAAGCUCUACGGCAUCUUUCCCCAAGGCCGCCUGGAGCAGUUCAUCCCGAGCCGGCGCUUAGACACUGAAGAAUUAAGUUUGCCAGAUAUUUCUGCAGAAAUAGCUGAGAAAAUGGCCACAUUUCAUGGUAUGAAAAUGCCAUUCAAUAAGGAACCAAAAUGGCUUUUUGGAACAAUGGAAAAAUACCUGAACCAGGUGCUGAGGAUUAAGUUUGCCGGGGAGCCGCGGGUGAAGCAGCUUCACCGUCUCCUCCACUACAACCUGCCCCUGGAGCUGGAGUACCUGAGGUCGCUGCUUGAAUCCACCCCCUCUCCGGUUGUAUUUUGUCAUAAUGACUGUCAGGAAGGUAAUAUCUUAAUGCUGGAGGGCAGAGAGAAUUCCGAAAAGCAGAGACUGAUGCUCAUUGACUUCGAAUACAGCAGUUAUAAUUACAGGGGAUUCGACAUUGGGAAUCAUUUCUGUGAAUGGAUGUACGACUAUAACUAUGCAAAGUACCCUUUCUUCAGAGCGAACAUCCUGAAGUACCCCACCAAGAAACAACAGCUCCACUUUAUUUCCAGUUACUUGGCUGCAUUCCAUAAUGAAUUUGAAAACCUCAGUAAUGAAGAAAAGUCCAUUAUAGAAGAAGAAAUGUUGCUUGAAGUCAAUAGGUUUGCCCUUGCAUCCCAUUUCUUCUGGGGACUUUGGUCCAUUGUGCAGGCCAAGAUUUCAUCCAUUGAAUUUGGAUACAUGGACUAUGCCCAAGCAAGGUUCGAUGCCUAUUUCGACCAGAAGAGGAAGCUCGGGGUGUGAGUGUGUGAGGCGCCAUCCACUUCAUCCCUCGACUGUGUGGUGGCGGCCGGGCCAGCAGGGCCCUCCGCGCUCCGACGGCUGUCCCCGCGGCAAGGCUUGGAUGGCUCGCUGCCGAACACAGAUGUGUAUGAUACGAAAGACUGUAUUAAAAUUGAGUAACAUUUAUAUCCUAUCUUGUUUACGAUUUCACUAGGACUCUGCAAUGAGAUCGGGAAGCAGAAACAUAGUACAAUAGCGCAAUAGUGCAAUCUCAGAAUCCUUUGAGUCUAGAGAAGGCAUUUUCUAUGUGGGCCCUGAAGUUUGCAGUCAGAUACGGCAGACAGCACGAGUAAACAGUGUUUCUGCGGGUACUUUUUUUCGGUUAAUGUUGAUUUUUCAAGGACUUGAAUUCAUGUGCUGGGGAACACUGUGACCAGGCCUUCGGUGGUGACAGUGUGUGUAGAUGCCGCCGGCUCCUGAGGGCGGCGAGUGAGGAGGGACAGACUGUGACGUUGCUCUGCGGCCUGACCGACCGCGAGUGCCCGGAAGCUGCUCCCUCACCCUUCUGGUCCACACGGCGGAUGCUCGAGGCAGCAGACGCCCGUGCGGGGGGGUGGGCUGUUGUCUCCCUUUGAUGAAUGUAGCUCCUCCGGACCUGUUGUACAUAUUUUGUCCCGCAGAUGCAUCUCCCCCGUCUGUCUGUGGCCUCUGCCCUGCCCUCCUCCUCCACUGAAUGUGCCCUACUAACCCCAGCCUUGGUGGGCAGGCACCUGCGGACACACUCGCCUCCUGCCUGCCCUCCCCCCCAGAAAGCAGGCUUUGCCCUGCCCUCCACGGCCUGUUCUCCUCCACCUCUGCUCAGCCCCGGGUUGUGGAUUCUGUGACAGGGCUGGUGGCCCUGGGCAUCAUCCUGCUGCCGCGCCCGCCGCCGGGGCCCUGGUGCACCCAGUGGGGAGAGGGUGGCCUGGCCUGGCCUGGGCUCUGGGCCGGCUCCCCCUGCCCUCCCUGCCCCCGGUGUCCCUGACGGAGUGGUUCUGGUGGGAAAGAGCAGCCUGUAUGUGGAAUGUGGGGGCAUGGAUACACUAGAGCUGUGAAACCCUUAUAUAUAGUAAAUGUCUUUUGGGAUAAAGUUUUUUUUUUUUUUUUUUUUUACUCUGAACUCUUAUUUGAAUUGCUUUUUGUGCAUACAUUUCUGCUACGGGAGAUUGUACUAUACAAACAAUAAAAACAUAAAACCCUCAC